AUGAGCUCGGCAUUUAUCAGCCAUCGUCAACUUAUCUCUCAACAUGAUCCUAGUUCAACGAAUCAGAAGGAAGCUAGUGUGAGACUCUAUCAGCCACCCAUCGCUUGCAUUUCCAACUGGGCACAGAGGCUGUUCAGCAUGAAACGCUCGGGCAAGUCAGACCGCCAGGAGCUUGAAUCCAAGGCACGGCCUCAAAGAGCACAGACAUCGGUGCUUCUGUCAAGCUUAAAAGCACCGAUUUCUCCACCACAGAGGAAAAGAACCAUCCACCGAGAAGAAGAGACUAGCCUCGCUUCGAUUGAAGCGGGCGAGGUUCAGAUCACAGAUCACCUAGGGACCUUUGCAACCAAGCUCAGCCAAUACACUCAAUCCUCAAGUGGUUCGCAGCCACCGCGCAUUACGAUCGACGAAUAUGCUGAUCUGUAUCGCCGCAACUCUCAUCCCACAGGACGCCAUUUUGUCAUUCACCAACAUGAUCAUCCAAUCGCUGGACCACACUAUGAUCUUCGACUACAGUUCUCCGAGACCAGCUCGGUGAGUUGGGCUAUCAUGUACGGCCUGCCAGGAGAUCCGAACAGUGAAAAGGCGAAUAUUCGGAAUGCAGUCGAGACUCGUAUUCACUGUCUUUGGAAUCAUCUCAUUGAAACGGCGUCCUGCAAGACGGGAAGCUUGAUCAUCUGGGACACUGGAGAAUACGAAGUGCUGCCUUAUAAAGAGAAACAAUCACUGCCACAGACCGAUGAUUCUCUAUCAGAUAUCUCUGAUGACAUCUCCGAUGACAUCUCAGAUAGUGUGAAACUUCAAGAGUCAUUUAAAAACGUAGGCUCAAAUGGGACUCUUCCCCCCCCACCCAACCAAAUGCUGGAAUUCAAAUUUGCUAAUGUGAAGAAACAGCGCAAAAUUCGCAUCCGGUUACAUGGAGCCCGCCUGCCGGCGGGCUAUACCCUCACCUUGCGCAGGGCCAAAUCUGAACCUACUGACUAUACCCCUCCAUCAAAGAAAGGGCCAAAACGCCAGAGGCGCGGUCGACAAUCAACUACAGCACGGUUACCAUCCACCUCCAGUUCCGAGUCUCUAUCCCCUCCGCCAGCAUCUCCAGCACGGGAAUCAACAAAUCGUGUCGACCAGGCAAAUCAUUCGGACGAGGACGUCGACCUUCAGAUCCAAAAACACAACGCGUAUCCCGGAUCUUCAAAUACCAUAGGCUCUGUUCACCAACGGAAAUGGUGGUUGAGCCUUGAUCAUGGGGGCUCGGGCUUUGAACCCAGGACGGUGUUCAAGGAAGACAAAAAGUCCAGUAAAGUCUGGGUUCGGAAGUCCAGGAAAGAUUCACAACUGGGAGGGUUCGAACCGUUCUACGUGCGUGGACCCGAGUUUGAGCGCAGUGUAGUUACUGGUCGCCUUGGACAAGACGUGCUUGAUGAUGAAAAGGUGCAAGGAUUCAUACCUCGCAAGGGAUGGAGACCGGUUUUGCGCUAA